CCAAGCUCACAAUCACAAUCAGCUGAUCAAAGCCCGCAUUCUGCCUUCUGCAUCCGAUCUGCUCAACUUACCUCUUGCCUGUCAUUUUUGCAACAAAACCUCGUUCACUCAGCACACUAUAACAAAACGCAACUUCAUUUCCAUAGUAAAAAGAGCGAGCCGAGUGGAAGUUUUAGCAGGCGUGUGUCACACGGAAAACCUGGUUACAAAACCUCACUGGAAAUGUCUUUUCCAUCUCAAACCCCGCCGGUCACCCCUAACAUGAGACAAGAGAUACAAAACAAGAAGAUCUUGGAAGACCUGCACCAACAGAAGAAGCAGCUGUUACUAAAACAAGGCACCCAACUCAGCAAUGCCAGUGCUGCUCAAAACCAAGCUCAUGAUGCCGGCAACCAGCGUAGCAUUCAACUGCAGUUAGCCCAUUCCCAGUCAUUUGGAUUUUUCGUGCCCCAAGACUCUGCCUUUGGCAAUUUCAUCCUUCCUGUCCUCCCCCGCUUUGACUCAAAAUGAAGCUGCGCAAACUAGAAGAGCUGUUGCAACAACUGGAUGGCUUCGAGAAGCCCAAAGUGCUGCUCGAGCAGUACGCAACCUCACCUCACGUUGCUGCCUGCAUGCUUCACACCGCAGAAGAGUCUUUCGGGGAUCUGGAUGGAAAAGUGGUUGCUGACCUGGGUAUGGGCUGUGGCACCCUGGCCAUCGGAGCUGCUCUUCAGGGCGCUCGCGUUUGUUACGGCUUUGAAAUAGACCAGGAGGCCAUCAACAUUGCCAAGCAGAAUCUGGAGGAAACUGAAAUAGCAGUGGAGAUCAUCAGGGGAGACGUCGAAGCUGGUUUAGGGUCGAGGUGGGAAAAAAGUGUGGACACAGUGCUGAUGAACCCACCGUUCGGCACCAAAAAGAACAAAGGUGCGGACAUGACAUUCUUGCAGGAGGGCUUGAGGUUGGCAACACGUGCAGUUUACUCCCUGCACAAGACUUCGACCAGGCAGCACGUCCUGAGCAAGGCCAAACAGUGGGGUGUGGAAGCCAAGGUUGUUGCAGAGCUCCGCUACGAUUUGCCUGCCACUUAUCGAUUCCACAAAAAACAAUCAGUAGACAUUGAAGUGGACUUCUUUAGAUUUAGUUUCAACGAUAAUAAUUAAUUAAGUUGAUAUGUUUGCGGUGAUUUGGGUGAUUUCAAAUUCAUUAAUUAUUUUUGGUGCAACAUUGCGGAUGGACGCGUCAUCUUAAAUUAUGCUUUGUGCACCACUGAUACUUGUUUUGGGUUGGAUCAAGUAUGUGUCAUGUGUUGCGUCAGAUUUAUUUAUCGUAGGAAGUCAUAUUUUGCUUAACAGUGAUUUGGGAGGAUUUCUCCACCUACAUAACGUUUUAUUCCUCAAUAAAGGGUUGUAAGGGUCAUGGCCGGCAUGAGAUACAUGUGGAAAAACAUUACACUGGACUUGUGCCAUCCACUGAUCGCAAAAUUUGAAAUUCUUAUGGUAUACUCAUUAUAUGUAUUGAAAUGGGUGAUACAUUUGGUCAAAAACUGAAACGAAUUGGUAUCAGGGCGCAAUAAACCUAAGUGGUGGAUCAAGCACUCGAUAGGCACAAUGUUCCUCCCCUAAUGAUCUUUGCAUGGGACUAUGUUGCCUCAAAUGUCAGCCCAGAUUCCAUCCGUCAUGAUGCCCAGAAUAAUCAAUGCUCUGCCUGUUGAAACCGAUUUUUAAAUAUUAGGAAGCGUAUAGUACCAAAUAUUACUAUGAUUCGUAAGAAUUCUUCAUUUUCAUAAUUUAGGUAAUGAAAUUGGCUCAGAAAAAAUAAAAGUAUUAGAUCCAAAAUAA